UAUGUUCAGGCCACAGGAGAGAGAGCCUAGAGGUGUGGACCGCCCACAAAGAGUAAGACAACCACCAUCACAUCUUCAGGACUACGAGGUCAGUUACCCUAUGAGGUGCCACGUUCCUGGAGAUGAUGAGCGGGCCACACAAAUGUCUUCUCCAGAAAUUAUUAGAUCGAUCCAGAGCAUGAGAGAAGAAAAUGACCAGCUGCGGAGAGAUGUCCAACGUCUUUCAGACAUGAUCCACAGUCUCCCAGCAACCUCCUCAAGGAGUCAGACACAGUCCAGACGCCAAAUGGAGGAAAUAUUCACCACACUGGCACUCGCCAGCAAGCCGACGCCAUCUAGUGGCCAUCAAGGCCCACGUCAGCCACUCAUUAAUCCACCGGUGAACAACGAUGCUCUUUCACCUCCACAAGGCAACCAAAGUGACAUUGUUGAGGACCUCAGACAGUGUUUGGAGGAAGCAGGAUUAGCCAACAAGCACACCGAGUCACAAGUCACGUCUGGCAUUUCAACUCCUUGCUCGCAAGACAAAUUUGAGAUGAGCUACACAAAGGAGUGCCAAGAGCCGCGUCACCACGACGACCAAGACAGCUCACCACCCAGUAAAGCUCACCAUCAGUCUAACUAUGGCCAACAACCUUGGCCUAAAGUUGCACCUAGGCAGUCUUAUGUCAAGCAUCACUCAAGCUAUGAAGAGGGCGACAACCACUAUCAUCGUCCUUAUCAUCCUCCACGCCAUCCAAGUUAUCCUUACUACAGCGAUGAAGGCCGUCAUCCUGCAACAUCCCGUCUACAAAGUAGUCCAAGAGCCCGUCACGAAAGCCGCUACUACGGGCACGAAAGUGGAUACCCUCUGGAAUAUAGAGGCCACCUCGAUGAUUAUAACAGCGCUGUUUAUGGACAUGACAAUCGGCAAAGGGAGGAGAGAUACCCACCUGACCCGCCAUAUCCUUCCACCACUCCAUAUGGCCGAAUGCCAGCUUUGGACUCCUACCGUGGACCGAAACCAACCAUCCCAGACUUUAAGUCAGAGGAUCCUCGUGAAUUUGCAAGACUGAAAUUGGCCCUGGACAAUUUACUCCCAUAUGAUGCUCCGGAGCGCUUCAAGUUCCAAAUCCUCAUGGAUCAUCUCAAGUGUGAGGAAGCGUUACUCAUUGCUGACUCCUACAGCAACAGUCCACGCCCAUUUGCGGACACUAUGAGGGCACUCACUGAGAUGUAUGGUCAACCACAGCAGCUGGCGCUAAAGCGGAUUUCCAUGUUGAUGGAUGGGCCCAACGUCAGGACUGGAGAUAUUAAGGCCUUUAAGUCAUUCGCGCUCCAGGUUCGUGCACUUGUCGGAAUGCUGCAUCAACUUGGAAGCCAAGGUUGGAUGGAGUUGAGAUGUGGUUCACAUGUGUCUCGCCUCUUAGCUAAGUUGCCCCACGACCUAAGAGCUAAUUUCCACAGAUAUGUGAACCCCAUUCAUAAUCCUAUUCCAACUCUAAUCAAUCUGGCAGACUGGCUUGAAUAUGAGGUACGAGUUCAAGUCAGUGGAGAUCAACACAGCAGUACCUCAGCCAGAGAGAGACAAGUCUCAUACAAGACUCGACCUCCCGACUACAAGUCACAGAGAACUACUGCUAUUCUUCAUGGCAGCGAAUCUACCGACCUGCAGGAGAACUCAGAUAGAGCGCCAGCUGUUCCAGUGAGGGAUGCAACGCCUGAUAAGCCAAAGAAAUACUGCCCCUUCUGUGACACUGCGCAGCACUAUCUGAACCAGUGCAGCAACUUUAAACUGCUGUCCGUAGAGCAAAGGAUGCAUUGGAUUAAAGCAAAUAAUCGAUGCUGGAGAUGCGGCCGGGAACACCUUGCAGCAAAGUGCAACCUGAAAGCUAAGUGCAAACGAUGCGAGAGGAAGCACCUGGAGGUUCUACAUGAGGUCAAUUCAAGUCAACAUGCCUCAGCACCCAGUAAACCCAAAGUACCUGAAUCAAGCACUUGUUUAGUGAGUUCCGUGUCAGAGACUUUGUUCAUCGAUCGGCCAGCCAGUAGCAGCCAAGUGUUACUCAAGUUGAGUCGAGUCAUCCUCCAGAGCGGCAGCAAGGUACUCGAGACCUACGCAAUAUUGGAUGAUGGGUCAGAGCGCACAAUACUCCUCAACGAUGCUGCUGUUCGUUUGGGCCUUGGUGGGAAGGCUGAAGACCUCACACUCCGAACAGUCCGACAAGAAAUCUGUACCAUCCAUGGAGCCACUGUGUCCUUCUCAGUAGCUGCUGCCUCUCAGCCAGACAAAUGCUACAAGAUUAACAAAGCCUUCACUUCCAGAGAGCUGAAUCUAGCCAGUUACACCUAUCCAGUCAAAGCGCUACAGGAGAAAUAUCGCCACCUGAGAGACAUUCCGCUGCCACCCAUCAAGGAUGCCCAGCCGCUGCUGCUGAUUGGGUCAGACUAUCCUCAUCUAAUUACACCAGUGGAACCAGUAUGUCUAGGCCCCCCCGGCGGACCUGCAGCAGUACACACCCGACUCGGAUGGACGUUACAAGGCCCUACCAGCCUAUUGAACCACCAACUUUCCCCCCAGCAAUGUCUGUUCACCGCCUGCAAUGCUCCAGAAGAAGAACUCUUCAGGCAUGUGGAGAAACUAUGGCAACUAGACACCUUACCAUACAGAAGUGAGCGUCUGAUUACUAGAUCAAAACAAGAUGCAGAAGCAGUCCGCACCCUUGAAUUGAAGACCACCAGAGUAAUGGUAGAUGGCGUAAACAGGUAUGCUACUCCGUUACUAUGGAAACAAAGCCUACCUCUGCUUCAGGCAACAAAGGAAGCAGUGCUGUCCCAGCUACGUGGGGCAGAAAGACGACUUGUGAGAGAUCCCAAGAGAGCCGCCAUCUACUCUAAAGAAAUCCACAAGCUCAUCGAUGCCGGCUACGUCAAGGCCAUCUCUCCUUGUAAGACCAAAGAGACCAACUAUUCGUGGUUCAUCCCCCACCACAUGGUGCAACACAAUGGGAAAUACCGAAUAGUCUUCAACUGCUCCUUCACAUUCAAUGGACAGAGCCUAAACGACCACCUGCUCCCCGGACCCACACUUGGAGCUAGCCUCCUGGGGGUCCUGCUCAGGUUCCGGGAACACCCAGUGGCCAUCAGCAGUGAUGUCAAGGGAAUGUUUCACCAAGUCCGCCUGCUUGAAGAGGACAAACCAUUCCUUCGUUUCUUGUGGCGGGACGUUAAAGUGGAUCAAGAACCUACCACCUAUGAAUGGCAAGUACUCCCGUUCGGGACGACGUGUAGUCCAUGCUGUGCUACCUUUGCCCUUCAGACUCACGUUCACAGGCACACUGAACCAAAGGAGAAUGCCCGCCUGUCAGCAGAACGCUGCUUCUACGUUGACAACUGCCUGCAGAGCCUUCAGUCAGAAGAUCAAGCCAAGCAGCUGGUAAGCCGACUACACACAUUACUGAUGGAGGGCGGAUUUGAACUCCGAGAAUGGGCCAGCAACGUACCUGCUGUCAUUAGACACCUGCCCAAGGAAUCCCAGUCAGAAAGUAGCACCCUAUGGUUCGCGCAACAGACAGCUGACCCUCAGGAACGCACACUUGGACUCUUAUGGCAGUGUAGGACAGACACACUUGGCUACAAACAACACCAGAGUGAGUGUCCCGAACCGACUAUGCGCAACAUUUAUCGUCUUCUUGCUCAACAAUAUGAUCCUCUGGGAUAUAUCGUUCCCUACAUCACAAGAGCCAAGAUUAUUGUGCAGCGCCUUUGGGACCGGAAAAGAGGAUGGGACGAUCCCAAUCUCCCCGAAGAUCUGCUGCAGGCUUGGAGGGCAUGGGAAUAUGAACUUCCUCAGUUGGCACAAGUCAUAUUACCUAGAUGCUACACUGACCGCUUCACUGAUUGCAGUAUCAGCAACCGGACCAUCCAUGUCUUCUGCGAUGCAUCCGAACGUGCAUAUGGAUCAGUGGCGUACCUGCUGACCGACUGCGGUGAAGGACAAGUUCAAGUGGCAUUCCUCGCAGCUAGAUCCAGAGUCGCGCCAAAGAAACAACUCUCCAUACCCCGACUUGAGCUGUGUGGAGCCUUAACCGGUGCACAGUUGGCUUCUGUGUUGAUCAAAGAGCUCACAAUCAAGAUCCAAGCAGUAGUAUACUGGACCGAUUCCACCACAGUCCUCCACUGGCUCCAGUCAGACUCCUGCAGAUAUAAGGUAUUUGUGGGCACGAGAGUUGCAGAGAUACAGGAUCUGACUGACAUCAAUGCCUGGCGCUACGUUGACUCAGCCACAAACCCAGCAGACGACAUUACAAGGGGAAAAACACUAACACAGCUCAGCGGAGUGAGCCGAUGGAGUCAUGGACCCCCCUUUCUUCUACAACCGUCUGACCAGUGGCCUGAAUCACCACCCAGUCCAGUCCUGGAAGAAGCAGAGGAACUGAGGAAUGCCAUGUUUUGUGGCUUGACGGUCAGCUCAACCAAUUCGGAAAUACCUGACAUCAUUCAGUUUAGAACAUUUCAAGAGCUUCUGGAGGCAACCACGCAGAAGCUGCACGGGGCGGCUGACAACACACGUCCCACUGCUGCUGAUUACCACGAAGCAGAGCUGGCCCUCCUCAGGUACACCCAAAUAAAGAGUUUCCCAGAAGAAGUAUCCCUGCUCAAAAUGGGUAAACCCCUCUCAUCUAACAGUAGACUGUUAACCCUAGCUCCCGAAUAUGACCAGUCAUCAGGUCUGAUACGUGUCGGGGGAAGGCUUAGACGAUGUGAUAGUCUGAGCCAAGAAGAACUGCAUCCCAUUCUCCUGCCAUCUUCCCACCCAGUGGUCAAGCUUCUAAUUCAGCAUUAUGACAACCAGCUGCACCACCCUGGAUCAGAGCGUGUUUUUGCUGAACUUCGCAGGAAAUACUGGAUACUGAGAGGCAGAGAAGCGGUCAAGAAGCACCAGCAUUACUACGUGGACUGUAGGAAGUGGAGAAGCCGCCCACAGGUACCAAGGAUGGCCGAUAUACCCCCCUCCAGUUUGAGACUAUGUCGACCUGCCUUCUAUUCCACCGGUGUUGACUGUUUCGGACCGAUGAUUAUUAAAGUGGGACGACGCACAGAGAAGAGGCGCUUCGUUGCUCGCAGAGGCAAGCCCUAUGAACUACUCUCAGACCAGGGCACCAAUUUCAAAGGAGGAAAUAAAGAAUUGCAUGAGGCCUUCAGUGCCCUAGAACCUGCAAUCAAGGACCGACUUGCAGCCGAACAGAUCCGUUUCAAAUUCAACCCACCUAAUGCUCCACACUUUGGCGGCUCCUGGGAACGAGAAGUGAGAUCUGUCAAGAACGCCCUACGUACCACCUUGGGAGCUCAGACAGUGCCAGAGGAAGUUUUGAUGACCGUCCUAAUUGAAAUAGAAGGAAUCCUCAAUUCAAGGCCCUUGGGUUAUGUAUCCUCUGACCUUGCUGACCCUGACCCAGUCACACCCAACUGCCUGUUGAUGGGGCGGCCGGACUCAUCACUCCCUCAAGUGAUCUAUCCUGCAACAGAACUACUGAGUCGGAAAAGGUGGCGCCAUUCUCAGAUUCUAGCCGAUCACUUCUGGAAACAUUACAUUCAGCACUUCCUUCCCACCUUGCAAGCCCGACAGAAGUGGAAGACGGAGAGUGAUGACAUCACAGUCGGCACAGUCGUCCUCAUUGUGGAUCAGCAAGCCCCAAGAGCCCUCUGGCAAAUAGGGACAGUGAAGACUGUCAUUCCUGGAGCAGACGGCCGAGUGAGAACAGCUGUAAUUCGAGUAAAAGACCGGACGUACACGCGGCCAGUUGUUCGUCUUGUCAAGCUACCAGCCUUACCUCGGGACAUUGAUGACACCUAAUGGUCAAAUUUGUUAACAAAUUUGGGGGCGGCUGUACAAAAGACUCCUUGUUAUACCCUGUUCUGUUCUGGUUUAAUUAGGCUGACAUGAGUGUGGGCGUGACUCGGAAUUACUACGCUGGUCGAGUACUUGAACGCACCGCGGUAGCCGCUAGCUUCGUGAGUUGAUGUCACUCGAACUGCUUAGCCCUGGGUGUUAAUGUGCCCACACGGACAUCGUGGUGGAUGAUAUGUAUAGCUGUGUGCGUCUAUAAACGUGAGUAAAGUUUAUUAUCACUCAUUUAAUGUUAGACGCCGCCGAUCUAGUUCGCUAUUGUAGCGUUUUUGUGCCAUUAUGUCCAGCCGUCUGGCUGGUUGCUAACUGCCUGUUAGUUAGCCUCGUUAGCAUCGCUACUGUGUUGCAGUUCAGACGUGAACGCAUUGCUAACUAGUAUUGUUUGUGUGCUUGUUCCCACACAGAAACCACACACACAUACACACACUCACCUUACAACCCAUACACUCCACACACCCACACUACACUUACAAGUCCCAUGCGCACCCCCCUACCUGUGAUGCGACGUAUUACAAAUAAAUAAAGCAGCCAUCAAGCUGGAUGUGGACGUCCCUCAUUGCUACUGCACUCACCUGAGCAGAAUUGCUGUCCUGACCCGACACCCUGGAGUGAUUGCUGACCAUUGCUGCACCCAAUUAAACCCCCAUUACUACAUCUAAUAAUAUUGAAAACCAUAUUUACAAGGCUGUAAACAGGUUUCCUUUCCAUAUAUAAAUAAUGAAUCCUACUUGGUGGAAAUUCACUUGUUAUGGUCGGAUGUGGAACCAAUUAACCUCACUAAACGAGGGUUUGCUGUGCUCCUACGUGGAGCAAAAUACGUAGGUACUAUGCAGUAGAAAAUAAGCUUAAGAACAACAAAGAUGCCAAUCCCAUCCGACAUAUCUAGUUGGCUUGGUUGAUUACCGAAUGGCAUUAUGUGCAUUUUUAAUAAUUGUCUACAAUGAUGACAAUUGGAUCUCCUCCUUGGAAUAUUUAUUAAUUCUCCCUUGAAUCACAUGACUGAUGAACUUUAACAAAUGCAACUACCAAUUAUUUCAUAUUGUACAAAUGCAACACAUCCAAUCUGAGAUGGAAGUAGACCCUGAAAUGGAAAAUGAUAAUCAAAUAAGAGAAAAAAAAGUAUUUAAUUUAAUGCUUCAAGCUCAACAAAUGAUGAAAUGGUUGUUUCAUUCGCUUUUAAUUCAAAGCUUCAAGGAUUUACCCAAGUCCAGCACAAAAACAAGUUACUGCCCUCCUAUCUUGACACAAAAAUGUUAUUUUUAAGGAUCUUUAGCAGACUGUUUCUUAUUUGUCAGUCAGAUAAAUGCCAAUUUCAAAAUUUACUCUGAGACAAAUAAUAUAUAUUUACAUCCAAAUCCCUUCAACCACAUUGCUUGUGAGCAGGCAGGUUUGCAUGACGACUUUGAAGUGUACAGUACAUUAAUGUCUACAGGCUCAUCAUGUUCUUGCGUCUCAAACCUUUUACUUUUUGUACUCACCAUUGUGAGUCUUGUGUGAUGUACAUGUACACCUGGGGUCUGUAAACAAAAGUUAAUCAUCUUUGUCUACAUCUACGCCUGAGUGUCCUUCUAGAAAAUGUACUUAUGAUUAUAAAUGCUGGUUAUGUUCAAGCCAGCUAAGGAAUAACAGAAGGUAUGUACAGUUAUGGAAUAAGAAAAAAAAUUAUGCUUCAACUCAAAAACUCAGUUCAGUUUGACAAAUAAAAAUAUGAAAAUGUUGUGGUUGUCUUUUCUUUAAAUAUCUGUGGCACACAAUCAAUUACGUUUUUGUUUUUUUUUACUUUACUUUCAGAAAAAAAUUAAUGUAAACAAUUUUGCAAUUGCAGUUGCCCCUUUGUGGUUAGAAUCUCAUGGCGUCUUGGCUUUUCAAAAACAUAUUCAUAUGUCACUGUCAAACAAUAUGCAAAAUCAUUUUAUGUAUUUACGUACCUAAAUUAAGAAUUAAAGAAUAAAAAUGGCCGAAUGAACUAAAUUAUAAGGCAUUCUGAAGACAAUGUUAAUGAUAUGAAUUAUGAAUUAUCCCACACUGGUCACUAGGUGUAUUCAGAAGGUCGUAAAUGUGUUUUUUUAUGUUUUAACUAUGAAAAUAUUGUAUUUAUGAUUGAGGAAUUCGACUUGACGGAUGUUCACUUACCACGGUCAGGUCUGCAAACAGUUUUGUGCUAAAUGAGGGUUUACUGUAAUUCCUAAACAGUAAAUGCUAGACGUGUUUGAAUUGCGUAUUUGUAAUUUUGGUUCAAAUCUGUCUAUGAUUGAAAAAUAAUAAAGACUGUCACUGUCGAAACACUUCUG